AUGGAAGAGCAUUUGGACAUCAAGGAGAAUCGUUACCUGAAGCUGGGCCUCUUCUUGGCCACACUCCUCGCCUGGGUGGCCUUUAUUGCGUUGAUCUGGUCGCGCUACAAGCAUCAAGAGCUUCACGACCACCAUCUCAACAUGAUUGUUCGUCUGAACGGCGACAAGAUGGAGUGUCAAGAGUUGCUCCACGAGACCCUGGAGCGCAUGAGGCAGCCCAGCAUUCAGUCGAACCAGGAGCCGCCUCACACGCUCAGCCAGCCCCUGCUGGGGGACUGCAACAUGGAUCCGACGCCGCCGACGCCCAACAAGGGUGGAUGA